AUGCUCGCCAGCCUCUUCACCCAGUCGUCAGUGUCCUUCGACCCUGAGACAGACAUCCCCGACCUCUCAGGGAAAGUAAUCGCAAUCACAGGCGGCAACGCCGGCCUAGGCAAAGAGACCGUCCUCCGCCUCGCCUCCCACAACCCCUCGCACAUCUACAUCCUCGCACGCAACCUAACCUCCACCCAAGAAGCCAUAACCGGCAUCCAAACCCUCAUCGGCCCCUCCUGCGCGCCCAUAACCCCCAUAAAAUGCGACCUCGCAGACCUAGAUUCCGUCAAAGCAGCCGCGAAAGAUCUACAGAGCAAGACUUCGCGUCUAGAUAUCCUAUUCCUCAACGCGGGGAUCAUGCUCGUUGCGCCGGGGCUCACCGCGCAAGGCUAUGAGAUCCAAUUCGGCACGAACCAUAUGGGACAUUUCCUGCUCGCGCAAUUGCUCCUGCCGGUCUUGCGCUCGACCGCUUCUUCGUUCCCCGAUGCAGAUGUACGGGUCGUGGUCUUGAGUUCUCUGGGGAUGUACGCUACGAUAGUAGGGGGCUAUUGGGGCGGCGGUAUUGAUUUCGACAGUCUGAAACAGGCAGGGAGUUCGUUUGUGCUGGCGAAUUGUUUUCGCUAUGGACAGGCAAAGCUGGCUAAUGCGCUAUUUGCGAAGGAGAUGCAAAAACGGUAUGGAGGGGACGGCAUUACAUGUAUCUCUGUGCACCCGGGGGUUAUCACCACAGGGCUGUGGAAACACUUUUUUGGGUUUGCGAAGAAUUGGGGGAUUGGCGGGAGUUGGAUAUCUGGUUGGGGGAAAUAUAUUCCUGUUGUUGGGCCAAGGAGUGUAGAGGAGGGCGCGGUAAACCAGCUCUGGGCUGCGGUGGGGAAGCGAAAUGAGCUGCCAGGUGGGGAAUUUUGUGUCCCCGUUGGUGUGCAGGGUGCGGGUAUGCCUGCUAGUUCUGAUAUAGAGCUUGCGGGGAGGCUGUGGGAGUGGUCGGCGAAGGAAGUCGCGGGUUAUAUGCCUUGA